AGCCCACCUGUGGGUGAGGGGUGAGUGACCCUGGUUAGGUGCCCCUGGCCGCUCCUGCUCACACAGCACCACUUGUCCGUGCCCGCCUUACGGGCGGCGCCCUUUCGUAGACGAGGAGCUGGAGGCCGCCGGGCCAGUCUAAGGGAGCCCUGGAGGGUCAGGGACCUGGCGCUGCAGGACUUGCUGAGACGCAAGCAGCGAGGCUCCCCGCCCAGCCACCGGCAGGGAACCAACGCCGGAUCGCGCCUCCGCCUCAGCUCCAGGGCGGGGCCGGGCAGGGCGGGGACUCGGCCGCCAGUGCUCAGUGCCCUGCGGAGAGCGAGCUUCUGAGACAGUAGCCAUGGCUCCACCCUGGGUGCCCGCUGUGGGCCUCACGCUCCUGCCCAACCUGGGCGGCUUCGUGGGGUCCUACUUCGUCCGUGGUGAGAGCCUCCGCUGGUACGCCACCCUGCAGAAGCCCUCGUGGCACCCGCCGCGCUGGGCGCUGGCUCCUGUCUGGGGCACGCUGUACUCAGCCAUGGGGUAUGGAUCCUACCUGGUCUGGGAGGAGCUGGGGGGCUUCACGGAGGAGGCUGUGGCUCCCCUGGGCCUCUAUGCAGGGCAGCUGGCCCUGAACUGGGCGUGGCCUCCCAUCUUCUUCGGUGCCCGGCAGAUGGGUUGGGCCCUGGUGGACCUCCUGCUCGUCAGCGGGGCAGCAACAGCCACAGCUGUGGCCUGGCACCGCGUGAGCCCACUAGCCGCCCGCCUGCUCUACCCCUACCUGGCCUGGCUGGCCUUCGCGACUGCACUCAACUACCGCGUAUGGCGGGAUAACCAUGGCCGUGGUGGCCGGCAGGUCCCGGAGUGAGGGUGCCUGGGCUGCCGAGGACUGUGGCCGGGGCCAGGCAGGCGUUCUUGGUGUGGUGCCACUGGGUCUGUUGUGGACUCGGCCCAGGGGUCAGCAGCGGCUCAGGUGACCCAGGCCGAGCCCCACGUGGGAAUGGUGUCCUGUGCUUCUUCUGCAAGGCCUGCACCCAGCUCUGGGAGCACAGCAUUUUGUAACCAAAUAAAAUCCUGACCUCC